AUGGAAACAGCAACAACGUCACAUAAAACACCGGAUCAAGUUAACACAGAAACUGCAGGUGCUUCCCUGUCACGCCUAGUGGUGAACCGUCGACGCCAAGAAGGGAACCCUGUGCUGAAGUACGUCAGAAACGUCCGCUAUGAAUGGGGUGAUAUUGCGACGGACUUCGAGUGUGGUCCAACUUGUGGUGUACUGUAUUUGGCAUUGAAGUAUCACAAGCUUCAUCCGAACUAUAUUCUAACAAGACUCUCAGGAAAAGAUGAAAACAAAUAUGCAUGUAGAAUCGUGCUCAACCGUAACUUUCAUAGCAUAUACGGUAGACGAGUUCUCCGCUUCCGUGCCGUGAAAAAAAAAACGAAAACAAGAAAGAUUCUUCUCGCACUUUGCAAUGUUGAUGAACCGACGCAUACUUUACGAGAGCUGAACCUGUUAUGCUACCGUAUGGAUUGGACCAUGGUGCUUUGUUACUCGGUGGAAGAAGCCGCCGAAUACAUCGAAAAUCUGAAGUUAGCAGAUACCAGAGAUGCAACUUUUAAAAAACCAGUCACUGUGCCAGUUGAUGAGAGAACUACACUACAGAAUGCAGCUGUUGGAUUGUUGACUGGAGCAAGAAGUGUCACAAAAGCGGAUGCGCAGAGACUUCUGUACAACUUCGGCAGUCUAAAAGCUAUAGCAGAAGCAAGCGAAGAACGUCUAGCGCUCUGUCCUGGCCUUGGUCCAAUUCGUGCGAAGAAUCUGUACAAUUAUCUCAGAACUCCGUUCACAACGUGA